AUGGCGGCCUCCAUGAAUUUGACAGGUGCAGGAUCAUCAGAGCAGCCAGUUCUGGAAACUUUGAAUUUGUUGACACUGGAUGAUAGAGAAAGGGAUUGUGGGAAAGAAAAGGACAUGUUGGCCACAAUCACUUGUGUUUUGUGUGAGGAAAAAUUUGAUACAAAAGAAGGAAAUAAUGAUCUUUUACGACAUCUCCUUCUCUCACACAAACUUGUGAUUUCUGAAGUUCACCAUGUUGCUGAUUUAAAAAGGUACCUUGUGUAUUGGAAACAAAGAUUCAAAGAACAGCCAAUCACAGACUUUUGCUCAGUAAUCAGAACCAACACUGGAGAGAAAGAUAGAGAGCCAUCAGAGGAUUACUAUCUCCUGUGUGAUGUUUUACCAGAAGACAAAAGCUACAGACAGCAUCUACAGAAGAAAAAACUUGAGGAAGUUUUACAGCAACAACAAGCAGAGAGAGAGGAUGAGACCUUCUGUCAAACAUGUCUGUUCUGUCGGACACAAUUCACCAGAAAGAGGUCUGACUUAUUAGAUCACAUGGCACAUGAUCACGGAUUCAGCAUCGGACUCACCAAUAACUUAGUUUAUAUAGAUGAGCUGCUGGGAAAGUUACAGGAUAAGUUGAAUAACCUACAGUGUCUGUAUUGUGAGAGAACCUUUCGUGAUCGAGCCAUACUGAAGGAACACAUGAGAAAAAAACAACACAAGAAAGUCAAUCCAAAGAAUAAAGCUUAUGACAAGUACUAUAUGAUAAACUAUCUGGAAAUGGGUAAGAAUUGGGAAUCUAUCCAACAAGAAAAUGACCGAGAUAUCGUCAGUGAUGACAGUACAGAAACAGAGGAUGAGUGGGAUGGAUGGCAGGAGGAAGCUGGGUCUCAGGCUGUCUGUCUCUACUGUGUGUUCUCCUCCAAUAAUUCAUCUAAGCUAAAUGCACACAUGCAGGAACUUCAUGACCUUGACCUUCAUGACAUCAAAUUAAGGAUGAAUUUAGAUUUCUAUCAACAAGUGAAACUUAUCAACUUUAUCAGACGACAGGUCCAUCUGAAUACCUGUAUUGGUUGUCAGUCUAAGUUUGAUGACAAGCAGAAGUUGUUAGACCACAUGCACCAACUAGGUCACACAAACCUAAUUCCUGAUGUAGCUAUCUGGGACCAGCCGCAGUAUUUCUUCCCUACCUACGAGAAUGACAACCUACUGUGUCAGCUCCAGGAUGAUGAGGAAGAUCAGACAGCUGGAAAUGUGACAUGUUGCCAGGGCAAUGUGACUGUUAUAGCAGAGGAUGUGCCUGACGUUGGACAGACUAUUUUGUCCGAAGAACGGGUCAGACGAGACAUCAUUUCCUAGCAGUAUCUACAUGUUAUAGCAGAGGAUGUGCCUGACGUUGGACAGACUAUUUUGUCCGAAGAACGGGUCAGACGAGACAUCAUUUCCUAGCAGUAUCUACAUGUUAUAGCAGAGGAUGUGCCUGACG